ACUAGUUAUAGAUCAGUCUAGACUACUAGUACUAGAGACUACGGAUGGGUGCCUGGCCAUGAGGUUUGCGUGCUGGAUUGUUGUUCGGACUUAUCGAUGAUGUGUCAAGUAGUUCUCACAUUAUAGCUUUCAUCCUGUAAAAUGGGGAUGUUAAGAAGACUGCAGUUCUCUGUGCGUUAUUGCUGCAAAUGUAGAUAUAUCCCAGUGUUAAUUUGCUGUGUUUUUUUUACGCUGAGCAUCUUGUUGUAUUCAUCUACAUACAACACACAGUGCAGAACUGAAAGAGUUAUACAGAGUAGCCACCACGAACUGGUUAACAGGCAAGCCCCUGAUGACAAACCUUUUAAGGCUUCUCUUGUUAUUUUAAUAAUAUCCAGUCCUGAUAAUUUUCAUGUAAGAGAGACAAUCAGAAACACGUGGUUAAAAAAUGUUAACGACUUUAAUAUCUUAGCGAAAUUUGUUGUAGGGGGAGCUUCUCUUGACACACAAGCAAAGGAUAAGAUUGACAAGGAAGAAUCUAUCUUCAAGGACUUGAUAGUAUUAGAUGAUGUGUCUGAUUCGUAUCAAGAAUUGACCAAUAAAGUUCUGAAAGCAUUUCUUUGGUUAAAUUAUAAUGUUGAUUUUCAGCAUGUGCUAAAAGUGGAUGAUGACAGCUACGUAAGAGUGUCUAACUUAAUGUCAGAACUUCAGAAUAAACCGAAAGAAAAACUGUAUUGGGGAUUUUUCGAUGGAAGGGCCAAUGUGAAGGUCAGCGGUAAAUGGAAAGAAACAAACUGGAUAUUGUGUGAUAAAUAUUUGCCUUAUGCACGCGGUGGGGGUUAUGUUCUAUCAAGUGACCUAGUUUAUUUCAUAACAAGCAACCAUCCAUUGUUUCAACAUUACCUCAGCGAGGAUGUCUCCAUUGGCACUUGGUUAUCUCCUUUAAAAAUCUACCGUCACCAUGAUCAAAAUUUUGAUACAGAGUAUGUGUCUAGAGGCUGUUUAAACUCAUAUAUAAUUACACACAAACAGUCGGCUUCUAAACUGCAGGAACUGCAUGAUAAUUUAUUAACAUUAGGUCAACUUUGUAAAAAAGAAUAUAUUUUAAGGGGCUCCUAUGAAUACAAUUGGAGUUACCCCCCUUCAAAAUGCUGCAUGCGAGAAAACAUUCAAGAUGUUCAUGGCUGAUGUGGCAUGAGAAUAAUAUGCGGAAGUUUUCUUGGUGUGUUCAUUCUCCAGCCUCACCUCCAACUAUGCAUCUUGUGAUAAUAAGGAUGUCACAAAUUUCCAUCUGCUUGGAUCCUUCCAGACUGAUACAGGCCCAUGGAGAGGAGCUUCCAUAAACCUGGAGUUCCAUGAGUCUUCAAGUCUUAUGGCUAUUACAAAGAUAUUUAAAAGGAACUAGAUAGUAGAUUUCAAGCAUAUAAUUAGUAGAUUUAUAAUUAUUUCCCGAUUCCUACAUCUGAAUUUGAGCCAGAGAAAUAGAUAGAAAUAGAUGACUUAAUUUUAGUUGCUAGUUCCCUGGAACAUUACAAGCAUAAAUUAUUCUGAAGAUGUAUUCAUAACCCAAAACAAUUUUAUGUUAAAUUUUAAUUAUUAAUUUAAACUAGAAUGUUUUAUUUUUACUGAAUUAUAUGGUAGUCAUAUUAAAUUCUUUUUAUAUUUGUAAGAAAAGUCAUUUCAUUAGAAAUAUUUUGCUUUUUGAAGAAAGAUAAUACACAAUUUAUUUAUUUAAUGGAAUAGAACAACUAAAAAACUAAAAUAAAACAACUUUUUUUUUUACAUGACAAGAAGAUUGCCAGAAAACAGCUUUCUUUUGAAAUUAGGGUUAUUUCCUGAAUUUUGACCACAUUUAACUUGCCAAUAAGCAUAUACAAAGGCAGCCUUUGAUGGUGUUUCUUCAUAGCAUAACAUACUUUUGUUGACCUCAUGACUUAAGUCAGAUGUGGAUGUAAUAAUUUGUAAACUAUUUCUUGACUUGUACAUCUGAUUUCAGUUGUGUAUUAUUCUAUUUAAAAAAGAUUCUUUCAAUAAUUAUUUAAAGAUGCAUCGGCCCAUAUUCUUAUUAAUUACAGACAUUCUUUGACAUGCUGAUUCCAUUUGUUUAGUGACCCACAAUUGUCAUUGUAAGUGGACUCGAUUAGGUUUUAGAAUCAAAUGCUGGAGAACUAUGUAUCGAAAUAUCUUUGGCUGAAUUGUUAUAGUCUAACUUUCUUAUAAAGCCAUGUUGAUGUGGAUUAAAAACAAAACCUUUUUUUAAAAUGUCAAUGUCAAUACAAAAAUGUGUUCUUAUAAUUUACUAGCGAGAUUAGUUAAGUGUGCCAUAAAUGACUAGCGAGAUAAGUUAAGUGUGCCAUAAAUGACUUGCUUGCAAAGAUGUUCAGUCAAAAUCAAAGGAUGGCACAGUGUGUCUGAAAAAAAGCAAUGUCUGUAAUUCAUCAAAUAAGAUGUUUGAAUGUGGGCCUUGUUAGUCCAAAGCACAUUUCAUAUGGCCAGGUUGUUAUUGAUCAGUAUUUUAAAUAUUGGUGAUAAUUCUCUACUUAUUUUGAAUGUUUCAUUUGGUAUGUAGUUUCAUUCAGAUGCUUUAUUUUGUUUUAACAUUUGGAAACAUUAACCACAUUAACUUCCAUGAAGUGGGUUGUACAUUUACUAAGAAAACUGUGGCUUCAUCAUUGUGUUUUUCCUUUUGCUUAAAAAAAUACUGUUAUCUUAUUUUUUUUUUCAAUAUCUACAUCUAUAAUUACACACAGUUAAUGUAAUUGAUAUUUCAAUAUAUGGGUACUGUAGUAUAAAAGUAAUGCCAAGUUAAGUCUGUAAUGUUAUGUAUAGAAAUAUCUAUGUUCUUCCUAGAAGUCCACAGGUUACAGUCCAUGUAUUUCUCUGCCUUAAAAAAAUAUUUUUUUUUUUUCAAUGUCUACAUCUAUUACUCAAAAUGUAUGUAAUGGAUAUUUCAUUAUAGUAAAAGAGUAACGCAGAGUAACUAUGUAAUAUUAUGUAUAGAAAGUUCUAUUUUCUUCCUAGAAGUCCAAAGUCCAGGUUUUUCUCUUUGCAGCAAUGAUCUUAUGAAUGAAGAGAAAUAAAAACAAGAGCCCUCCAGUGCUAGUCUACUAAUUUAUUCUUACAUUAAUGACAAAAUACACAAAUAAUAAACAACAGAGAAAAUGACAAAUCUGAUCGAAACCAUUUGGAAACACAAAAAAAGAGCCACAAAAUAAACAUGAGAAAUUGAAAUGAUCACAUGAAAGUGAGAAAGUAUCAAAACAAAAAAAACACUAGUCAUAGGGUGCAUUCAUCCCUGCCCCCCACAAAACAGAACAUUUCAAUGUGUUAAAACUAGAUAGCCUAUAUAGGGCUACUGUAACUAGACAAGAGAAGUUUGUCACUAGCUGUAGUAUUCACACAGAACCCAGUCUAGUAGAAAGGAAACAAUGUUCAAGUGCUUACUACAUGGACAGCAAAUCAAUAUUGAAAGACAAAUAAAAACCCAGAUGACUGGUUUAAAAUAAAAAACAAGGAUUGAGACAAGACAUAAUUUCACCAUUCACAGAAAAAAUACAUAAUUCUAAGAGGGAAAAAAAAAAAUCAACCUUAACCAAAAUUUCUUAACACACCAAUACUAGAAAUUAUCUCUAAUAAAUGAAAAAAGAAACCAAUAAAUGCCUGAUUACAAAAGCAGCAAGUCAAUUAUUAAAACAAACAUUCAUAACCAAACUUUCUGAAGGAAAUCUGACAUACAAACUUAAUGUGUUACUGCUUAUUUAAGGACUAACAAAGAGAGUCCACCAGAAAUGAAACAAUACUUUAAGUAGUUCUAACAUAUUCACUUUAUAAAACCUCCCUCUAUGAAACAGCCAGUUCUUUAGAAAUAGACCUAAACAUGUCUCCAGGCCAGAUUUUUGUUUAUAUCAUAGAAAUAGAUCAUGUCAUGAGAUGUAUAGUGGGUAGAACCAAACAGAGGGUUGCUUAAGAGUUCAACGUAACCAUCUUAGUGAGAUCUCCAGGGUAAUGGAAGAUCACUUUAUGAUGCAUUGCACACAUAGUCUUGCCAACAGUACAAAAAAAGCUUUACUUAUAGAUGAAUUUCACAAAUUAGUAGGAUGAAAAGGGAAAAAAAAAAGGGUGGGGUGGGGGGAAACAUCAUGUGUACCAAAUGAAACAAAGACAUGAUCUGGAAUGUUAAAUCAUGACUAGCCAAUGAAUGAUCUGUAUCUCUACCAAACUGUUUUAAAACUUUAACUUUGUCACUAAGGAAACUAAACAAAA